AAAAACAUGAAAACAUAAAGAAGGGUUCAUCCUCAUUGCCCACAAUGGUUUGUCACUUCCCAUUUUCCAAUCACAGCCGUUGAUAUCUCAAAUCCAUGAAGCUUAUGUCUAUGAAAUCUAGGGCUUACACCAUCAUCAUCUUCAUCUUCUUCCCUUCUUCCUUCUUCUCCAUCCUCCAUUUCCCUCCAUAACCUUUCACCUUCCUUCCCAUGUCUUCCAAUUUCCACCACCCAAAUCUCCCUUUCACCUCUCAGAUCUUCCCCCCUUCUUGUCCCCAUCUCGCCGACUUCCGUUCCCGCAAUGGCUCCAAGUCCUUCCGCCUCCUCCAAGACUGUCUCCGUGUCAAGCCUCCCGGUGGCCGCGCCGCCAUCCGACGAGACCCCAACGAAGUCCCUCGUUGUGCUUCUUGCGGUGAUUCCGCUCGUCCUAGGCUUUACGCAUGUGUAACCUGCGCUGCAGUGUCCUGCCAUGCUCCGCCUUCUCAUUCUCACGCUGCGGCUCAUGCUGAAUCAAUGCCAACUGGUCACGAGAUCGCUGUGGAUGUCGAUCGAGCUGAGCUUUUCUGCUGUGCUUGUCGUGACCAGGUUUACGAUAGGGAUUUUGAUGCUGCGGUGGUGUUGGCUCAAACGACAGCUUCUACUCUUGGUGGGAAUGCGGUGUCGUCCAGUGGUGUGUCGCCUUCGCAGCCUUUGCUUCCGCCGGAGAAUCUGAGGAAGCGGCGGAGGGUUGAUUAUCAGCCGUGGAUGCCGGAUCUGAGAGAGAGGGUUUUAGUGGGUGCUAACUCAAGUCCACUUGAUUGUGUGAAUUCGAAUUUGGGUUCUGAAUCUGAGUUGCCUUGGGGGUUGAGGGGAUUGAAUAAUUUGGGGAAUACUUGUUUUAUGAACUCGGUUUUGCAAGCAUUGCUGCAUACUCCGCCGUUGAGGAAUUUUUUCUUGAGUGAUCGACAUAAUCGGUAUUAUUGUCAGAGAAAUGUCAAUGGGGGCAAUAUAAAUUCGAAUGUCAAUGAUGGGAAUGGCAGUAAAAAUUCGCGCAUCUGUUUGGCUUGUGAUCUGGAUGCUAUGUUUUCCGCCGUCUUCUCCGGUGAUCGGACUCCUUACAGCCCAGCAAAAUUUUUAUUCAGUUGGUGGCAACAUGCUGCAAACCUCGCAAGUUAUGAACAACAAGAUGCACACGAAUUUUUCAUCUCUAUUCUUGAAGGCAUCCACGAAAAGGUGGACAAAGAUCGGCGUAAACCUUACAGUCAAGGCAAUGGAGACUGUUGUAUUGCUCAUAGAGUAUUUUCUGGCAUAUUGCGAUCUGAUGUCAUGUGUAUGGCUUGUGGUUUCACGUCAACAACCUAUGAUCCAUGUGUAGACAUCUCGUUGGAUUUGGAACCAAAUCUAGGGGGAUCUGCAAAGAUGGCAGCCGCAAGGUCAAAUCUUCCUUGCAAUGGGGAGGCAGAUUGCAUGAACUCAAGCCAAAACCAGAGGUUAUCUUCCCUGGUGGGUUGUUUGGACCAAUUCACUAGACCCGAAAAACUUGGGUCUGACCAGAAAUUCUUCUGCCAACAGUGUCAGGUGCGGCAGGAAUCUCUCAAACAAAUGUCCAUAAGAAAGCUUCCAUUAGUUUCUUGUUUCCACAUUAAAAGAUUUGAGCAUUCUUCGGUUCGGAAAAUGUCACGGAAGGUGGAUCGUUAUUUGCAGUUUCCAUUUUCUUUAGACAUGGCACCCUAUCUCUCAUCUUCAAUCUUGAGAAAUCGGUUUGGAAAUAGGAUUUUUCCUUUUGAUGGAGAUGAACAAGAUGGUUGUAACGAGACGUCGUCGGAGUUUGAGUUGUUUGCUGUUAUUACUCACAAAGGAAAAUUGGACGCCGGCCACUAUGUGACCUACUUGCGGCUAAGUAAUCAAUGGUAUAAGUGCGACGAUGCUUGGAUUACCCAAGUCAAUGAAAACAUUGUCAGGGCUGCACAAGGAUAUAUGAUGUUUUAUGUGCAAAAGAUGCUCUAUUACAAGGCAAGUGAGAAGCAGAGUGCUUCAUAACAUUUUGGUUAGAUGGAAGACUUCAUCAUGGGUCAAGAUCGGUUGAAGCUCAAUUGAUUUCAUCAAUAUGUUCGUUUUCCAUGAAAGCCAGUAAUUGAUAUUUUUUUCAGUGACUAGUUGAGCUCUGAGUGGAUGCCUCAUAUUCUACUGUUAAGACACAGGCGUACCCGAAACUUUUUGAAGAGGACAAUCGUGACAAAUUUACUCUUGAAGGCAGACUCAGAUCCCUAUUUGAAGGGAACUUCUCUGGUACUUUUCCUGAACUCCUUUUCACUACUACUCAAGUAUGGUGGCUUGUCCUGGAGUUUCAAUACUAAGUUGUGGCUCAGCAGAUUACUGAUCUCUCUUCACAUACCAUGAAAAGAAAAGGUAUGAAAAAUCUAAUAUAGAGCUCUCUCUCUCUAGAUAACUAAGUAUUCCGGGUUCGUCACUGCCCGGGCUUCUGAUUUUAAAGUUUAUCCAUCACUUUUUUUUGGUGGAGAACCACCUAUUGGCUCAAACAUGAAACUUCAACAUAUGGGCUGCUGCUCCUUUUGGAUCUUGUGGAGUAACAGUAUAAUGACAGGCUGCUUUAGCCCUUUUUUAUUACACGUGAUUAAUACUGAAUUUAACUCUCUUUUGACUCUC